AUGAGUCGGCAAGAUGCCGCAAGUUGCAAAGCACGGAAGAUUAAAUGUACUGGAGAACAGCCCGUUUGCAGGGCCUGUCAACGGUCUGAUAAUGCUUGCAUAUGGCCUGCCAAUACCCAGGUCAGGAUUGACAGAGCAAACACGCGGAUUCAAGAACUCGAGUCCGCUUUACAGGAAAGCCAAAGACAGAACGAACGGUUGAGCAGUGAGAAUGACAAUGUCUCUCCGGCUGGAUCCAUGCCGUUGCUUGGGCAACUCGGCUCUACGCAUGCAUCACCGAGCGAUGCCCGCUCAAACACCAUCGACGCCACGAUUUGGUCGCAGGUUGGCAUCGGAGAAGAUGGCUCAAUCACUUACAACGGCCCUACCAGUCGCUUCCACGCUGGAUCUUUGACAGGAAACGGCCCAUCGCCAUCUACCACGCAAGCUCCUGCCGGUUCAGCCCAGGACGUAGAAAUCAAAUCAUCUCAGGUUGAGCGCCUGCGAUCCCAAUAUGACUUGCUUGACACAGUAUGGAUUCCCUUAGCCAAGUCCAAGUCCAUGACGGCGUUUGGCAUCACGAAUGAAAUGGGAUGGCAGAUCCUUGAUAUGUACUGGACUUGGCUUCAUCCAUUGCAUAAUUGCAUCUAUCGACCAGUUUUCCUGAUGGACAUGGCAUUAAACGGCACGUAUUAUUCCGACUUUCUACUUAUGGCAAUAUUUGCUUUGGCUGCUCGGCAUCUCAGCCGACAAGAAGGCGACUCAGUUGACUCCAACAUGGGUGAAAGAUUCUUCACCCGCGCCAAGAUGCUACUCAUGGAUGAACUGGACAAUCCCAAGCCACGAAUUCCUACUAUUCAAGGGCUUCUUAUUCUCGGAGGACGCCAAUGCGCCAUUGGCAAAAGCUCUCAGGGAUGGCUGUUCACCGGCAUGGCAAUCAGAAUGAUGGUGGACAUUGGGAUACACCUAAAUGCGAAUCGAAUCGCCGAACUUGAAAGAUUAACUCCAUCCGAAAUCGAGACACGAAAACGUUUAUACAACUCGGCUUUCAUAUGGGAUAAGACGCUUAGUCUUGCCCUUGGACGGCCACCAUCAUUGACAGGUUCUCCAUAUGGACCGGACGAGAUCUUUGACCACUACGAUGACGAUCGAGACUGGCGGCCCAGCGAUAUCGAUAUUACGAAUUCCUCCUAUAAUCCAACACCAAUGUAUAAUACGGCAACGUUUUGUGCCUUCUGUCAACUUCACGUGAUAACAACCGAUAUGAUGCUGCUUCUCUUUGAUCGUGGUCACUCGGAAAACAUCUACCCCGAGAUCGACCAUGUUUCAAAUAGGCUAAUAGCGUGGUACAACGAACUACCUACAUCACUCAAGAUUGACGAGGGAAUGACUCAGUGUCCACCCCCCCAUAUCGCUUCUUUGAAUUUCUUAUACCACGCUCUCCAUAUUCUCCUCCUCCGACCGCUCUUACAUUCUCCCCAUACCUCGAUCCGCAACUCGUCCCUCCAAACAUGCGUCAACCACUCUAAAAGGAUACACGCGAUCCACGAUCUGUACACCAAAAGCUUUCCUCACCGCUUGAUGACAUACCAAGUAAGCUACUGCGUAUAUACUGCGGCUACUGUCGAUGUUCUUGAUAUGAGGCGGUCUGAAGCUGGGGUUCGGAUUGAUGCCGCGCGGCGACUCGGCAUGGCUGUCCGCACGCUUCAAGAAGAAGCUAAACACACGCCUGGAAGUGGUCGGAGUUUGGAUACCAUCAGGCGGCAGCUGACAGUGUGGGAAGUGAGCGCCCCUCCUGAUACGAGUCAACAGGAGCCUUGUGGAGGUUCUGCCGCCAACCGGGCUGGUGAUGCGCAGCCACUCGGGUUGAACAGGGCGGAAGAGCCCCGAGCAUCUCCACAUCCAGUGGCUUCUGACGUUGGAAAUGGUGGACCGCAGGCUAACAAUGAAGGGGCGUCUGGCUUUUUGUCGAGAUAUCAAAGUCCUUUUAGCUUCGGGAUGCUUGAUACCGGAGCCGGAUUUCAUCCCGAUUCAUUUCCCUGGGACAUGACGGAAAUAUUUGGCAAUUCACAGGUGUAUGGAGCACCAGAACAGACUGAUCAAGUGUUUCAAUAAGAUGUUUCUGGUCUAAAACUGAAUUGAAACCCUGCGGGUCAGAUCAAUUUGAUACCCCGAUCCUAG